CGCUUUGAAUGACAUCCCUCACCAAAACAACACCAGACCACCAAGAUGAAAGUCCUCACAUUAAACUUUUUGACUUGCGCCGUCAAGACGUGCAAGGCCUCGUCCGACUCGUUCCCGCUGCACCCGAAAGAUGCGGAACUCGUCAGCGACGAUGUCGAGCUCAACCCGCAGUUGUUAGUCAACUUACUGCCCCGCAUCGACUGGAAUGCCCUGCGGACCACAUCUACAGAGCUGGGCUUCCCUCAACUCCCCGAGCAGCCACCAACUCCAGAAGAGCUUCAGGCGGACGAGAAGCUGCUCAAGGACCUGCAUACUCUGCUCAUGGAGACGCAGAUGAAUGAGGGCAAGUUGGUGUGUGGGCACUGCUCGCACGAGUACGCAGUACGGGAAGGCAUCGCCAAUUUCCUGCUGCCGAGCCAUUUGGUAUGAGCGUCAUGGAUGAAGGCCGGCACGGGGGAAAAAGGGGAGGUCAUUGUCAAUUAGUCACGAGUCAUGGGGAGGACGUUGGCUAAUUUGGGUUACGGCGUUCAUGAUCACGAAUCUUAUCGACUAUGAUUACAUUCCACAAUCUCCAUGACGGAGGGGAUUCAACGGUUGGGCUGGAUCGCAUUGGGGUUUGCCCUUUCCGAGCUAUUACACACCUGCGAGCAAUAAAUAGGAUCAUGUUCCGCAAAA